AUUGUUUUUUUAAUUUUUAAAUUGUAGAUAGAGUCUAGCAAAGUUAAAAUGUUGACACCAGAUUUUCAACUGAAGCAAGAUGCAGACACCCUGACUAUUAUCAUCAAAGCUCCACAUGCACGGGUAACAGACACUGAAAUCUUUAUAGAAGGUGAUGAGUUCAGAUUUCACUCUAAACCAUACUUUUUAAGGUUGUCACUUCCCGGGAAUAUUCUAGAGAACGGCCAUGAAAAAGCCAGCUAUGACUCGGACAAAGGUGUGUUCACAAUCGAGGUUCCUAAAGAAACACCAGGAGAAACGUUUGAAGGACUUGACAUGAUAACCUCACUUCUGACUCCAAAGACACAGAAAAACAACAAACCCUUAAUAGAAGUCUUUGGGAAUGGUGACAAUGAGGAAGACAGAUCUCAGCCUGAUGAGGAGAAAGAGGAGGAUUUUGAUUGGUUUGUGGAGCAAAAGCCUUAUAAAGAAACUGAACUCUCAUUGGAUGGUCCAAAGUAUGGAUUUGCCAAUCAAAAGUCUGGAGUGUUUAAAAGAUUGCAGGAUGAAGUUUAUGAAAUAGUGGGUUUGUCUGAUCCUGAGAACUGCCCACCAACAGACAGACGGACAAUGAGAGAAGACGCAGAAACAGAGAAGUUUGACCCAGAUCAUUACCUAGCUGAUCUGUAUGAUGAUGAGAACAUACAACAGAUAAUGAAGUAUGAGCCGCCAUGGUGUUUUGAGAAAGAGAAAGAAGACACAUCAAAGAAAAUUGAAUUCACUGAUGAGGAACUGCAUAAGAUGAAAGGUUUGCCCAAGAAAGAAUAUUUAUUGGAUGAAGCCAUGGUUACAACAUUGUGUCUGGGUUUGAUUGACAUUCUCUUUGGUUACGCCUACAAUUUUCGAAUAAACGAGGGUGAAGACAAUGUGGAAUCUGGAUGGACUAUCUGCAAACUAAGUGCCACUCUUUCCUGGUUAGAUACCUUUACCAGUAUAGAGGAGGUCAUGAGGUCAUGCAUGAGACGUAGUCUAUGUUUUCCCCUGUACAGACACUGGCAGCUCUCAACAACAGUUCUAAAGGACGUCUCCAGAAUAAUGGCCUCUGGUAUAAGCUGGA